CUUUGGAAGUUGGCAAAGUGUGGGCUUGCAGCCGGGGACCGACUUGUAGGCGCCCUCCAAGAUGCCUGGGACGGAGAAACCCCACCAGGACCUCACCCGAUGGAAGAAGAAGCCCGUGUUCCGUACGGUCAGCCAGAUCUGCCCACCCCCUCGGCGGCCGCUGACAGUGGCCGACAUCCGUCCGGGCAUGGAGAACCACAGGCUGGGCGUCUUACGGGACUCCAUGUUUCAGAACCCGCUCAUCGUUAAGGCCGAGCUCGGCAAGCCCCGGGAAAGAAGCUGCAGCCUGCCUGGCAUUGACUUCAAUUAUGGACUCUACAUCCGGGGUCUGGAUGGAGGGGUCCCUGAAGCCAUCGGGCACUGGAACGUGUUUAAGCAGCAGCCCACCUGUCCCCAUGAGAUGAAACGAAAUUAUAUCGCUAUGAACCGUGGGGCUGUCAAGGCCGGCCUGGUGACUGCCCGGGAGAACCUUCUCUACCGAGAACUCAACGAUGUCCGCAUCAGCGACCAGGAUGACCGACGGCAGAAGGAGCCGCCCUCCGUCCCCCCAAACAUAACUUUUGGGAUUCGCUCACGGCCAUCGACCCCGUUCUUUGAUCUGCUGCAGCACCGCUACCAGCAGCUGUGGGUGCAGGAACAGAAGGCCGCCCAGCAAGCCAUCAAGCUGGAGAAGAAACAGAAGGUGAUCCUGGGGAAGCUGUAUGAGACUCGGAGCUGUCAGCUCAGGAAGUACAAGCCACCUGUGAAGCUGGAUGCCCUGUGGCACAUGCCACACUUCCAGAAGGUAGGUCGCCAUCUUGAUACGUUCCCCACUGAGGCCGAUCGCCAGAGAGCAUUAAAGGCCCACCGGGAAGAGUAUGCAGUGCGCCAGGGCACCCUGAGAAUGGGCAACUACACACACCCCUAGGCCCUCCCAGCUGGACCAGCCCUUCUUCAUCAGCAGAACAUUCCCCAAAGGACUCCCCUUCUUGAGCCAAUUCCAAGGAGACACUCCCCCGUUUUGAUAUGACUCUACUGCUUGAAGAGCCUCAGGUUCAGGUCUUAGAUUAGUUAUUUUUGGUAAGACUCCUGCACCCCCAGCUCAUCCCCUCCACCUCACCACCUUUAAGUUAGCCAAAAGCUAGACUUACUCCAAUGACCCUCGGCCUCUUCAGCGAGGCUCACCUGCCCCUUCGCAAGCCUCGCCAGACAAGGUGAACCCACAUUA